GCGAUCAAUUGUCAAUUCUAAACAUGUAUUUUUUACUCUCUAACUCAUAGUCUAUUUUUUUGCGCGCAUAUGACAGACAAGUGGUGGUCUUAGCACGUUUCUGCAAUCGAACGACUAAAAUGAUCCAGUCACGUAGAAAAACGAAUCAUGACUCUCGAGUCAGUAAAAAGAAUCGUUAAAAAAGAACGAAUCAUUCGCGAACUGCACAUCACUACCCUAUAGUAACCUCGCCCGUCACUUCCAUAAACGACCAUCAGUUAUGCAGUUAGGCUACUCUGCUGCAUCCCACACCGCUGUCAAUAUGCGUGUUUUGUGGGGUGGAUUUAUAAUCUAUUUCAUUGCCAUUUAGAACAAUGGUCCGGCAUCCUUUUGCUAGGUAGAAGCAAGCUAGUAGGCUAUGAGUCAGAGAGCUAUCCGUUUGAACAAAAUGAUUAAACAUGGCAUUCGACAGAAUUUGCUAUGCCUUAGCACCAUCACAAACCAGUUGAGUGCUGAACAUAUUUGAAUGAGAGUGGGCUUAGGCGGCCAUGGACCUGUUCAGCCAGCUCAUCCUUGUCAUCUCGGUCACCAGUUUCCUCUCCUUCCAGUGGCUCUUCCACCGGGUCAGUCCCUGGGUCUCCACCCGUGUCAGCCCUGGCUUCUUACGCCUUGCAGACAAGCAGAAGGUGGAGUGGAACUCAAGGACAGUGUCCACGCUUCAUGCCCUUGUGGUGGGACUCUUCUGUCUCUACAUCCUGCUCUUUGAUGACGCCAUCAAUGAAGACCCCGUCUGGGGAGAUCCCACACUUGUGAAGAUAAAUGUUGGCAUGACAACAGGCUACCUCAUAUCUGAUCUGCUGCUAAUAUUUUACUAUUGGAAGGCGAUAGGCGACAAGUUUUUUGUAGUGCACCACCUGGCAGCGUUAUAUGCUUACUACUAUGUACUGGGACACGGAAUGUUGCCUUAUUUUGCUAACUUCCGUCUGCUUGCAGAGUUCUCCACGCCGUGUGUCAACCAGCGCUGGUUCUUUGAAGUGUUAGGUUACUCCAAGUCCUCCAGGCCCAACAUCGCUAAUGGGAUGGCCAUGGCCGUUGUCUUCUUCCUGGUUCGCAUUGCCGUCAUGCCCCUCUACUACAGCCGCAUGUGGUCCGUGUAUGGCACCGAAGCCUUCUACCGCGUCCCGCCGGAAGGCCGCGCUGCCUGGAUCAUCUCCAGCAUCUGUCUGGAUGUCAUGAACGUCAUGUGGAUGCACAAGAUCGCCCGCGGCUGCUACAAGGUCAUGCGCUCGGCCCGACGACACAAAGUGGGGACACAGGAGAACGGAAAGGCUGAAUAAAAAGCAAGAGGAUGGUUGAUGUUAUGGGUAAGGAGAGCCCAUUGAACCACUGUCCCCUUUUAGUGCACAAUUGGAUUUGUAACUUUGUAACUGGGACUACUGUUUCAGUGUCAACUAACUUACAAAAAGCUAAGUCUUGCACCGACUGAACUUUAUGGUAGUAGACGCAGGACACUGAUGUGGACAAAGGGGCAAUAUCUUGGGCAGUGAUGUGUAUAACUGCCUCUUAGCAAUACUUCCUGUGCAUGGCAAAUGUAUUUUUCUGUUGCAUUUUAUCACAAAACAGCGUGUCUGGGAUGAAGUCUGUUUUUCCCAAACGCUUCACCAAGUCAAACGUUUACUGCUUGUUCUAGACCAUAGACUCAAAUGUGUGAAUGGUCCUGUGCUCCCCAAAACAACUUGAAGCACCUCCCUUUCAUUUGGAUUUUUAUAUAAAUUUGAAGUCGGAAGUUUACAUACACCUUAACCAAAUACAUUUCAAUUCAAGUGUAUAUAAGUUUAGGUUUCUCACAAUUCCUGACAUUUAAUCCUAGUAAAAAAUUCCCUGUCUUAGAUCAGUUAGAAUCACCACUUUAUUUUAAGAAUGUGAAAUGUCAGAAUAACAGCUUUUAUUUCUUUCAUCACAUUCCCAGUAGGUCAGAAAUUUACAUAGACUCAAUUAGAGGUCGACCGAUUUAUGAUUUUUCAACCUCGAUACCGAUACCAAUUAUUGGAGGACAAAGAAAGCCGAUACCGAUUAAUCGGCCGAUUUUUUUUAAAUGUAUUUGCAAUAAUGACAAUUACAACAAUACUGAAUUAACACUUAUUUUAACUUUAUAUAAUACAUCAAUAAAAUCAAUUUAGCCUCAAAUAAACAAUGAAAAAUGUUCAAUUUGGUUUAAAUAAUGCAAAAACAAA